AUCGUCGUCUAUAAAUCUCCAAUCGUGCUGCCCAAUUGCUCCUCGCGUGGGGUUGCAAAAUAAUAAUAAAAAGCCCUUUAUAUAUACGACCACCGUAACUCAAAAUCCUUCACGCUUCCGUUGCCGUUUCCCUCGCUGGCCUCUAACACUCUUAACUUAAUAAAUUCUCCGUUUUACCCUUUCCGAUUUCAAAUAAUGGAGAAUCUCCUAAAAGACUUCGAGCUCGAACACAAGAAUCCCUCCGUCGAAGCUCUCCGGCGAUGGAGAUCCGCCGUCAGCUUCGUCAAAAACCGCCGUAGACGCUUCCGCAUGGUCGCCGAUCUUGAUCAGCGCUCCAGAGCUGAGCAAAUUCAGAAGGGAAUCAAGGAAAAAAUUCGAAUUGCUCUCUAUGUUCAAAAGGCUGCAUUACAAUUUAUUGAUGCUGGUAAUCGAGUUGAAUAUAAGCUAUCGGGUGAGGCAAGGGAAGCUGGUUUUGGCAUUCAUCCAGAUGAGAUUGCUUCUAUUGUUCAUGGCCAUGAUUAUAAGAACUUGAAUGAUAUUGGUGGAGUUGAAGGCAUUGCAAGGAAACUGUCAGUUUCUGUGGAUGGAGGUGUCAGCGAAGAGAGUAUACAUAGCAGACAACAGAUUUAUGGGGUCAAUCGUUAUACAGAAAAACCUGCUAGAACGUUCUUUAUGUUUGUAUGGGACGCACUGCAGGACUUAACUCUGAUCAUUCUCCUGGUUUGUGCCGUAGUUUCUGUAGGCGUCGGGAUUGCCACUGAAGGGUUGCCACAAGGAAUGUAUGAUGGUGUGGGAAUCCUACUCAGUAUAUUCUUGGUAGUCAUUGUUACAGCUGUCAGUGACUACAAGCAAUCCCUGCAAUUCAGGGAUUUGGACAAAGAGAAGAAAAAGAUAUUUGUUCAGGUCACCAGGGAUGGGAAAAGACAGAAGAUCUUAAUUUUUGAUAUAGUAGUUGGUGAUGUUGUUCAUUUGUCAACUGGGGAUCAAGUUCCAGCUGAUGGGAUUUUUAUUUCAGGAUACUCUUUGCUUAUUGAUGAAUCGAGUUUGUCAGGUGAGAGCGAACCUGUAUAUGUGAAUGAAGAAAAACCUUUUCUUCUUUCAGGAACCAAAGUGCAAGAUGGUCAGGGGAAGAUGUUAGUUACAACUGUUGGCAUGAGGACUGAAUGGGGAAAAUUGAUGGAGGCUGUAAAUGAGGGAGGAGAGGAUGAGACUCCAUUGCAGGUCAAACUAAAUGGUGUUGCAACCAUUAUUGGUAAAAUUGGUUUGACAUUUGCUGUUCUGACAUUUGUGGUAUUGGCAGUAAGGUUUCUGGUUGAAAAAGCACUUCAUGGUAAGUUUGCUAGUUGGUCUUCGGAUGAUGCAAUGAAGCUGCUGGACUACUUUGCUAUUUCCGUAACCAUAAUAGUUGUUGCAGUUCCUGAAGGAUUACCACUGGCUGUGACACUCAGUCUUGCUUUUGCAAUGAAAAAAUUAAUGAAUGACAAGGCACUUGUAAGGCAUCUUUCUGCUUGUGAGACUAUGGGUUCAGCUAGUUGCAUUUGCACAGAUAAGACAGGUACAUUGACUACUAACCGAAUGGUGGUUAAUAAAGUAUGGAUAUGUGAAAAAGCCAUUCAGAUGAAAGGUAAUGAGAGUGCAGACGAACUGAAAACAUAUUUAUCUGAAGGAGUUCUAAACAUCCUUUUGCAGGCUAUAUUUGAAAAUACUUCUGCUGAGGUAGUUAAGGGUAAAGAUGGAAAGAACAAAAUAUUGGGAACCCCAACAGAAUCAGCACUAUUGGAAUUUGGCUUGCUUUUGGGGGCAGAUUUUGAUUCCUAUGCUCCGCGCAGAGGGUAUAAGAUACUCAAAGUUGAGCCAUUCAAUUCAGUCCGAAAGAAGAUGUCUGUGCUUGUGGGUGUUCCUAAUGGUGGGGUCCGAGCUUUCUGCAAAGGUGCAUCAGAAAUAAUAUUAAAAAUGUGUGACAAAAUUAUUGAUUGCAAUGGGAAAGUUGUUGAUCUUCCUGAAGAUCGGGCAAAUGAUGUAUCUGAUGUUAUAAAUGGCUUUGCUUCGGAUGCUUUGAGAACUCUUUGUUUGGCUGUCAAAGAGAUAAACGAAACUCAUGGGGAAGACUACAUUCCUGAUAGUGGCUAUACUCUAAUAGCCUUAGUAGGAAUAAAGGAUCCAGUACGCCCCGAGGUUAAGGAAGCUGUUGAAACUUGUAUAGCUGCUGGAAUAACUGUCCGCAUGAUCACUGGUGAUAACAUACAUACAGCUAGGGCAAUAGCUAAAGAAUGUGGUUUACUUACUGAGGGUGGUGUAGCCAUUGAAGGUCCAGAUUUUCGUAACAUGUCUCCUGAGCAAAUGAAGGAUGUCAUACCAACAAUCCAGGUGAUGGCACGAUCCUCACCGCUCGACAAGCAUAAGUUAGUAACCAAUUUGAGGAAUAUGUUUGGUGAGGUUGUUGCUGUUACUGGCGAUGGAACUAAUGAUGCUCCUGCACUGCGUGAAGCAGACAUCGGACUUGCAAUGGGCAUAGCAGGAACAGAGGUUGCUAAAGAAAAGGCGGAUGUCAUUGUAAUGGAUGAUAACUUCACGACUAUUGUCAAUGUGGUCAGAUGGGGACGUGCAGUAUAUAUAAACAUUCAAAAAUUUGUGCAGUUUCAAUUGACAGUUAAUGUUGUUGCUCUGGUUAUCAACUUUUUGUCUGCAUGCAUCACUGGAUCUGCUCCACUCACAGCUGUUCAGUUGCUUUGGGUUAACUUGAUCAUGGAUACUCUUGGUGCAUUGGCCCUCGCAACCGAACCUCCUAACGAUGCACUUUUGGAAAGACCACCAGUUCCUAGGGGAGCAAGCUUUAUCACCAAACCUAUGUGGAGGAAUAUCAUUGGUCAAAGUAUAUAUCAAUUAAUUAUUCUCAUUAUUCUGAAUUUUGACGGGAAGAGGCUACUCAGAAUCGGUGGUUCAGAUGCAACAAAAGUACUCAACACAUUGAUAUUCAACUCCUUUGUAUUUUGCCAGGUGUUUAAUGAGAUAAACAGCAGAGAUAUUGUAAACAUAAACGUCUUCAGAGGCAUAUUUGACAGCUGGAUAUUUCUGUUAAUAAUUUUCGUCACUGUGACAUUUCAAGUGGUGAUAGUUGAAUUCCUUGGAGCGUUUGCCAGCACUGUGCCUCUAAACUGGCAAUUCUGGUUACUUAGCGUGUUAAUAGGAGCAGUUAGCAUGCCUAUAGCUGCUAUCCUAAAGUGCAUCCCUGUUGAAAGAAAUACUAAUAAGCACCAUGAUGGUUAUGAGUCACUGCCAUCUGGUCCUGAACUGGCAUAAAAUUUUAGAAGAGUAUGGUUCCGUCUUCCUUUCCUUUGCUUUUGGUUCAUGAACAUUUCUUUUCUUUUCUUUUUUUAUAUAUUUUUGGGAAACUAAUCUUAGGAAAAACAACUGGAUGAACAUUGAGAAGAACGUCUAACCAAGCUACUUUUUGACACGAGGGAAAUGCUUGGGUUCCUUUGCUGAUUUCUCCUACUAGUUGCUUUUAGUGCUUUUAUUUGUUGCAUUGUAAUUUUGCGUAAUUUUGUGAAGCUUUGAUAACAUGAGGGAUUUCCAGGCAUGACGAAAUGUGCACUUGGAACGUGUACAUGGUUGUUGAAAAAGAAAUGAUUGAAGGCAAAUUCCAGUAACACUUCUUUCUUUGCAGACACAUAAAGUUCUGUAAAUCUGUUUUGUCAUAGAACCAGCUGUUUGAGGAGGAGGAUUUUCAUUUGAGAAAAGUUCCUAACUUUUGCAACUUGUAUAGUUCACAUAAUUGUUGUGAGAACUCAUUAAACGAAUCUUAUUAUGCCAAACUCUUAGAACUUAUCUUGCACCCUUGCUUUACCUGUAUGAUUACAAAGCUCAUGCUCUAAUAGACUCAUACCAAGCAAGCUAGUUGGGAGCCUCCAUAUUAUGCACCCCUGCAUUUGAGCAGAGUUGGGACCGUUUGCUUGUAAAACAGAGAUCUCAGCACGUGCUAAUACAGAUAACGACGCUCGAAUUAAUUGAACUGAAAGUUGGAAUUCCUUAAACAUUAUAGUUGGCAAGUGCAGGAGUGCAUUUUUGUAAUGUGCAUUAUACUCUUACAUAUUUAAUAUCUUCUGUGCUUAGGGUAGAUAGCUAAGUUAUAUUGAAUAUCAAACUCAACAUGAUUUUAAUUAUAUAGUUUUGAAACAAUUGCUUCAGACGCCUUCC